AUGAAGGGUCGACCCACGAUGCCUCUCAUCAACUCCGGUUUUCCAUCUCGUGCGACUCCUGACAUAGGUGAUGAUUCGCAUUCAUCUACAAGUAAUUCCCCCGCGCGUGCCGAUUACGAAGAAUCCGAUUUCUUCGCUGGAAACAACGAUUCACAAUCUUCAAUCGGCGUACCAACUUUUCAAGAUAUGGCUGUCACAGAGACAUGUAUAUCCGCAUCCAAUAGACUGCCCGCAGAAGUUCUCAUCAACAUAUUCGCAAAACUUACCCAUCCAAACGACAUUUUAUCUUGCAUGCGAGUAUGUAAGAAAUGGGCUAGGAACAGUGUGGAUUUAUUAUGGCAUCGACCGGCAUGUUCGACAUUUCCGAAACUCGGGCACAUCUGCAACACACUCACCUUGGAAAAUCCCUACUUCGCAUAUCGAGAUUUCAUCAAAAGAUUAAAUUUGGCUGUUUUAGCAGAUCGCGUCAGUGACGGAACUGUUCGACCUCUUUCCGUAUGCACAAAGGUGGAAAGAUUAACAUUGACCAACUGCGAGGGUAUCUCAGAUAGUGGAUUGACCGAGUUAAUUACCGAUAACAGUCACUUACUUGCUCUGGAUAUUUCUGGAGUGAAACAAAUUACCGACACUUCCAUGUUCAUUUUGGCGGAGCAUUGUCGUCGAUUACAAGGUCUAAACAUAUCGCAGUGCGUUGGAAUUACUUCAGAAUCGAUGGUGAAAGUGGCGGAGAGUUGUCAUCACCUCAAACGGCUCAAAUUGAAUGAAUGUGAGCAACUAGACGACAGGGCUAUCAUGGCGUUUGCUCAAAAUUGUCGUAACAUUCUCGAAAUCGAUCUCCACCAAUGUAAAAAUAUUGGAAACGACCCAGUAACUAAUCUCAUCACACAUGGAAAUGCUCUCCGGGAACUUCGAUUGGCAAAUUGUGAAUUGAUUACCGAUUUGGCAUUCCUUAACCUACCUCAUAAAGCGACAUAUGAUCAUUUACGGAUAUUGGAUCUUACAAGUUGUCAUCGACUCACAGAUGCUGCUGUUGAGAAGAUUAUAGCUGUUGCUCCAAGAUUAAGGAAUUUAGUCUUCGCAAAAUGUAGACUCUUGACGGACCAUGCCGUUCAUUCCAUUAGCAGGCUGGGAAAGAAUCUUCACUACCUUCAUCUUGGACAUUGUGGACAAAUUACUGAUGCUGCUGUCAUUAAACUUGUUCAAGCAUGCAAUCGGAUUCGUUAUAUCGACCUAGGUUGUUGUGUUCACCUCACAGAUUUAUCCGUCACAAAGCUAGCUACUCUUCCUAAACUAAGGCGUAUCGGGUUGGUCAAGUGUGUAAAUAUCACCGAUGAAAGUGUUAUAGCAUUAGCCGUCGCACAAAAACAACGACAAUUAGCUCACCGAGGACAUCAUAUCGAUGAACCAGCCUAUAAUGGGAGUUGUCUCGAAAGAGUACAUCUUAGCUAUUGUGCUAAUUUAACACUCCAAAGUAUAAUAUUACUACUUAAAAAUUGUUCGAAAUUAACACAUCUGAGUUUGACUGGUGUUCACGCUUUUCUUCGAAGUGAUCUCGAACAAUUUUGUAGAGAGGCUCCCGCAGAAUUUACCGAACAUCAACGUAAUGUAUUUUGUGUCUUUUCUGGACCUGGUGUGAAUGGUCUACGCAAUUUUUUAACUCGAGAUUUGACUAUGGAGUUGAAUCAGGUAGCUCCUGAGGACGAAGGAGUCCUUUCUAUUGAAGAUGUUACGAAUUCACAACAGCCUCUAGGGGCUCAAGAUGACCAGAUAAUGUCUGGAAUGAUGAAUGCCACUGCAUUAAGUCCCGAUGAAAAUGACGGUGAUGACGACGAGGUAUUGGAUGCAGUAUUUCCUUGA